AUGAGCCUAAAAUCUAGACUUAACGAGCUAAUCGACCUAAACGAGUACGCAGAAGCUGCACUUACCCUGCAAAGACGAAAAAAUGAGCUUAUUGAUUCAGAUCUCCCAUUAAUCUAUUCUCUAGUCCAAUUGUAACCUCUACUCAGAUCUCUUGAAGCUAAACAGUCUGAAAUUGCACUCCAAAUCUUAAAAUCAAUAGAAAAAUUAUCAGUCUGCUUAUAUCCUGAUGAUUUCGAAUCAGCCAUCAAAGGCCUGCUAAGGAUUGGGACACUUGAACAAGGACUUGAAGUUAUGAUCAGUUACAUUGACAACGGCACCAUAAAAGAUGCAAAAACUACACUUGCUUAUAUUAAGCCAGCGAUAGAGGUUGGAGGUUUUGACCAAGCUUUUAAUUUGAUCCUUAAGCUCAGCCAUAGUAAUAUCCCUUUUAUUGACUCAUUUUGAGAAACUGUUAUAAAAUAUUUUUUUAGAAAAGAUGCUUUAACCCAUACAAGCCAAUGCUUUAAAAUGCUAGGAUACCCUUCAUUAGACUCAGUUCAGCUAUGGGAUGAAUUUUUUGAUAGAGCAAUUUCACGUGGAGUCGUUGAUUUAGCCUUCAACACGACAUUAGAAAUAUCAGUAAAAGCUCAUAAAAACUCAGCAAACCGCUGGUGGAAUAUGUUUUUAAAGAAAAUUUCAGCGAAUUCUUCUAGCUCAAUAUAUGAUUUAUAUAGAAUUAUUGACCAAAUAUUAAGUCUUGAUAUAGAAGCUGACGAAGAAUCUCUAGGACUGGCUUUUUCGAGGCUUGUAAAAGAUGGAGAAUGUGGAAAAAUAGUCAAAAUUAUAAAAGAUUUGAAAAAGUCUAUGACUGUUGGGGUGAUUUCGAAUUUAAUUUCGUCACUAAUAGACAAAAAUAUCCCAAAAGAAGCUUUGGAGACUGCAAAUUUAGUAGUCCAAGGAUUUUUUGGGACUUUAAUUACGGUUGAUAAGCUGUCUUUGAGCAAUGAUAAACUGAAAUGGAUAGUAAAGGAACAGCAAAUCCAAAUGAUGAAAUUUAUGAAAGCUAUCAAAGAAAGCUCAGGAGAAAGCAGCUCAGAAGACGCAGAAAAUGAUUUCAUCUUUCUUUAA